AGACCUUUCCACGGGAACACUAACGAGAAGAGACCCUAAAAAUGCUAAGCUAAAAUAACUGAAAACCUGGCAAUGUCUUCGUCAGCGUCUACUUCCAUAGAUACGGCUUCCCCUGCGAGUCCAAAACCUUCAACUCCUAAUGAAAUCGCAGAUAACCAAAAUCCACAGCUCUCUGAUCAUCCGAAUGCCUCCACAAGUGAAGAAUACGAUGAAGACGACGAGGGAGGAGAAGAAGAUGAGGAAGAGGGAGAGUGUCCUUUUUGCUUGUUCAUGAAGGGAGGUGGAUGUAGGGAUGAGUUCAUCGCCUGGGAGAAUUGCAUCGAAGACGCGGAAAAUCACAAGGAAGAUAUUGUGGAGAAGUGCUUUGAAGUGACGAGUUUGCUGAAAAAGUGUAUGGAGGCUCACUCUGAUUACUAUGAGCCUAUACUCAACGCAGAGAAGACAAUUGAGAACGAGGCCUCCGAGGAAUUGGAGCAAGAAAUCUCUGCCAAACAAUAAGAAGAGAACCGUAGUCUUUUCUAAAUUUUCCCCCAUUUAUAUUAGUUUCGAUUGUUGGGUAAUGAUUCCAGAGUGAAUUCAAGGAGAAAGUUUGAGGGAGUUUCUGUUUCGAAAAUCGUCGGAUCCUUGAAGGUAAUUGGGAGGAUCCCGAGGCUUUUAGUUGUUAAGUCGUGCUCGUUUUAUUCUCAUUGGAGGAGAAGUUUAUGACAAUUUUGCUCCUUAUAUUGAUAAGUAAACAUGAAUUGGUGCAUC